AUGGGCUUCGACCUCCACACCGGCGAGACCAACGACCCGAAGAGUGUGCGCAACUGGUGCAUCCAUAUGAUGGCCAACAUUGCCUCCAUGUCCGCCAUCGCCAUGGGCUACGACACGUCUGUUAUUUCGGACACCAUGGCUCUAGACUCGUUCCGCCUCGACAUUGGUCUCCUCUCAGCGUUGGGCACGUAUCGUGACACUCUAAAAUUUGGUCGGAGAAAGGCCAUCUUUGUCGCCGCGACUGUCUUCGUCACCGGCGGUGUGUUCACGACGGCGGCAACGGCUUGCUCGCCAUGCUCAUUGUCGGAUGUGCCGCCGCCCAGUGGAUCGUUCCUUGGCCUGCGGCUCGUUCGCGGUGCCCUCCUUCUCUUGGGCAUGCUGAAAUGCCCCGAAUCGCUGCGAUGGCUGGCGAACCACGACCGUUGGGGAGAGGCAGAGAAAGUGUUCGUCGGCCUCCGCGCCCUGCCCGCCGACCCCCAAUACAUCCGAGGCGAGCUCUCCGAGAUCCACCAGUAG